CUGCGGAUCACUUGACAUGUCCCUUCCCAGGAGGGCCAGGCCAGGCACGCUCUGGCACCAUGGACCAAAGGGGGAUCCUGCUACACAACCUGGAAAGGGCCCAAGGCAAGAAGCUCAGCCAAGGAGAGUUUGCAGAGGAGUUUUUGAAGCUGAAGAGACAGUCAACAAAGUACAGAUCGGAUAAAAUCUAUCCUACAGCAGCGUCUGAGCAGCCAGAGAAUGUCAAGAAGAACAGAUACAAGGACAUCUUACCUUUUGACCACAGCAGAGUGGAGCUGUCCCUGAUUACAUCGGACACAGAUUCUCAUUACAUCAAUGCCAGCUUCAUCAAGGGUGUCUAUGGGCCAAGAGCGUACAUUGCAACCCAGGGUCCUCUCCCCACUACUGUCACUGACUUUUGGAGGAUGAUUUGGGAGUAUGAAGUCCUGGUCGUGGUCAUGGCUUGUAUGGAGUUUGAAAUGGGGAAGAAGAAAUGUGAGCGGUAUUGGGCAGAGGUGGACGGCUCCUCCCUGCACUGUGGCCCUUUCUCCAUCACCUGUGAGGCUGAGGAGAAGAGGAAUGAGUAUGUGAUUAGAACUUUAAAGGUGACCCUGAAUGAGGCAACCCGCACCAUCUACCACUUCCACUACAAAAACUGGCCGGACCACCACGUCCCCUCAUCCAUUGAGCCCAUCCUGGAGCUCGUCAGGGACAUUCGCUGCUACCAGCCUGAUGACAGGGUCCCUGUCUGCAUCCACUGCAGUGCUGGCUGUGGCAGAACUGGUGUCAUCUGCGCCAUCGACUACACCCAGAGGCUGCUGAAGGACGGGAUUGUUCCAGUGAACUUCAGUGUUUUCAGUCUGAUCCAGGAAAUGCGCACACAAAGACCUUGCAUAGUGCAGACCAAGGAGCAGUAUGAGCUGGUUUAUGAUGCGGUGAUUGAGCUCUUCAAAAGGCAGAUUCAAGCAUUCGAUGCCCAGAAAGAUUCUGCUGCUUCACAGGAAGGAGCAGGGCACCCUGUAGCCAAGCCAGUCCUGACUCCACUGGAAGACAUUUACGGCCUGAGUUUACUCACCUGCUCGGAGCGAGAGGAGCAGGCUCAGCAGCAGGACGGGCAUCGACAGCUCCGGCCAGUGGCACAGAGCAAAGUGUCCCUGGCGUCACUGUGUGCCCCUGGAGCACACAGCUCUGCCCAGGGAGUGCCCCCCAUCAGACAGGCCAUCUCCUUCAGUGCUCUGAACUCCAUCAGCUGUAGGCAGGCAGCUGCUGGGGAUGCCCCUCAGAAACACUGCAGCUGGGAGCUGGAGCUGGAGCCAAAGGGAGCAGGAGGGAGGGGGCCUGGUGCUAGAGCCCCUCUGGCAUGGACUGUAUCAACCCCUCUAGCACUGGGGCAGCGGGGAGAAGGCUUGGAAUGGGAUGCAGGGGAUGCCAAGCCUGUUUGGAGUCCACAGUGGCCAAAAGCCGCCCGCUCGAGCUUCCAGGAUGGGUUUUCCCCUGUGGACCUGAACCCCUCCAGAGGAGCAGCAGAUGCCCCCCCAGGCCACAGGAACCAGGGGCAAUGCCCUCACCCUUACCUGUGCUCAGCAGAAGACCCCUACUUCUUAUCACUUUCUCCAGACAAGCCUGUGUCCCCCAUGUUCCCCUUUCUGGAGGGGCAGGAUGAGCUCCUCCCUUCGUGUUCUGCCAGUGCCCCACUACAGCCCAGCACAAUCAGCUCCCCAUCAUUCCACCAUGCUCCCCGGAACCAGGAGAGGAUCUUCCCCUCGGCCCCCCUACCACAGCCUGAUGAUGAUGAUGCUCCUCCACCCCUGCCCCAGCGCACCCCCGAGUCCUUCAUUGUGGCCAGUGAGCCGGGGCAAUUUCCUCAGGCCACUUUGGAUUUCCAGCUUCCAGACAGAAAUCCAAAUAUUGGAACGUCCUGGGAGUGGAGUGGCGAGUCUUACUCAGAGGGGUUUCAUGACCCUGUGAGACUGAGACCAUGUAAGAGUGUGAAGCUUUGGAGCCCACAAACAGAGACAACCCAGGAUCCCUCUAAUUCUCCUCCUCCGCUUCCUGAAAGAACCCCGGAGUCGUUCGUUCUCGCUGAGGCAGCAAGUCUGCAGCCUGCUGCAAGAAACUCCUCGACUCCUGCGGGUUUGGAGAACAAGGGCUCAGAAACAUCAUCCAAAGAACUCAUGAAAUGCUUCAGGAGGAGCAAGAGCUUGAAAAUAUUGAAAAACGUGCGAAAAAGCAUCUGCAGUCCAUCUUCACUGACAAAAUCAUCAGAACCUGCCCCGACAAACUCUCCGAGGUCUUUCCUUAACUUUGGAACUCCAGAUGAAAAUGGCAAAACCCAGCGAGCUGACAGUCUUAUUAUGAAGAAAAUAAAGAAAAAAAAGAAAAAGAAACACCGGGAAGAUGUGAGGGGAAAACGUCUGAAGAUGUACAACAAAGAGGUGCAGACUGUGUGUGCUGGGCUCACUCGCAUUGACAAGGAGACUCUGUCUCAAGGACAGUGUGACAACCUGGAAAUGAACAAGGAAUCCUUCAGGUACCUGAAGGAUGAGCAGCUGUGCAGGCUGAACUUGGGCAUGCAGGAAUACCGGAUACCCCAGGGAGUACAAACCCCCUUUGUGACACACCAGGAGCACUCUGUCCGCAGCAGCUUCCUGAAGACUGGCACUAAAUUCAGUAACUUCAUUCACGAGGAGCAUCAGUCCAAUGGAGGUGCCCUGGUCCUGCACGCUUACAUGGAUGAACUCUCAUUUUUGUCUCCAGUGGAGAUGGAGAGAUUUGCAGAAGAGUUUCUUGCAUUGUCAUUCAGUGAAAAUGAUAAAAAUGCAGCAUAUUAUGCUUUAGCCAUAGUGCACGGAGCAGCUGCCUAUUUGCCAGACUUCCUGGAUUACUUUGCUUUUAACUUUCCAAAUACUCCAGUGAAAAUGGAAAUUUUGGGCAAGAAGGACAUUGAAACAACAACAAUUUCAAAUUUUCACUCUCAGGUCAAUCGGACGUACUGCUGUGGCACCUACAGAGCAGGACCCAUGCGCCAGAUCAGCCUGGUGGGAGCAGUGGAUGAAGAAGUUGGGGACUACUUCCCAGAAUUCCUAGAUAUGUUGGAAGAAUCUCCAUUUCUUAGAAUGACUUUGCCCUGGGGGACUCUUUCCAGUCUCAGACUUCAGUGCAGGUCCCAGAGUGAUGAUGGACCCAUCAUGUGGGUGAGGCCGGGAGAGCAGAUGAUCCCCACAGCUGAUAUGCCAAAAUCACCCUUCAAACGGCGCCGGUCCAUGAACGAGAUCAAGAACCUGCAGUACCUACCUCGGACCAGCGAGCCCCGCGAGGUCCUGUUUGAGGACAGGACCAGAGCUCACGCUGACCAUGUGGGGCAGGGCUUUGACUGGCAGAGCACAGCUGCUGUUGGGGUGCUCAAGGCUGUGCAGUUUGGGGAAUGGAGUGACCAGCCUCGUAUAACCAAAGAUGUGGUUUGUUUUCAUGCUGAAGACUUCACUGAUGUUGUGCAGAGACUUCAGCUGGACCUGCAUGAACCUCCAGUGUCACAGUGUGUUCAAUGGGUGGACGAAGCCAAACUAAACCAAAUGAGACGGGAAGGCAUUCGCUAUGCUAGGAUUCAGUUGUGUGACAAUGACAUCUACUUCAUCCCUAGAAAUGUCAUUCAUCAGUUCAAAACAGUGUCAGCAGUCUGCAGCUUAGCCUGGCACAUCAGACUCAAACAGUAUCACCCCGUGGGGGAGACUUCUCCAAAAGCAGAAAGCAAUUCAAGCCUGAGCAGUGAUGUUCCUGGAAACACAGAGGCAGAAGGUGAACCCCAAGGUGUGAGUGUAAAGAUAGAGUCUGAAGAACCAGGUAUAGAAAUUCAGCUUACCCCAGGGGUGCUCUCCUCCUCUGUUUCUUCAAUAUCAGGACUUGUGCAACCAGAUCAGGUGGCUCAGCCCCUUCCAGGUUUUAAAACAGAGUCUGAUCAGCAACACAAUCCACAGGAUCAUGCAGGCUCUUCUGUGUGAUAUGUAUAUAUUCAAACAUUUUUUAAACAACUUUUUAAAAUUUUGAUGUGAAGUUAUAGUUUUGUAACUGGCUUAUGUUUUAUUGGAGAAAUCUUGCCUAUAAUUCUAUAAAGAAAGGUGACAUUCCAAAAUGUCAAGCAUAUCUUUUUUACACAGAUUAUGCAAAAUUCAAGUUGUAUUUUAACCCCUUAGUACAACCUGUAACAGUGGUCUACCACUUCUUUCUGUUUAAGUGAAGAGAUGUUGAAUAUCUUCUCAAAGUCAGAUUGAAAUUCCUCCAGGAACAUGAAAUGAUUGAACUCACCAUUGGUCACUGUUAUUUCCCUACUUUUACUUUAUCUCUAAUCUUCACCAGAAAGUGAUGCUUUUGUAGAAGACUUGCAAAGUGACUUCCCCAUCUCAUUUUAAUUGCUUAAAAAAGUAAAAAAAAAAAAAAAAAAAAAAAAGAAAAAAAGAAAAAGAAAAAAUAGAGAAAGCACAGCACUUUUGAUGAUUUGUGGAAUUUUUGGUAUGUCUGUUCUUGACAUGUUGGUUUAUAUACAAGCUAUAGAAAUUGAUGUUUCUUACAGUUCCUACAAGGGUGACCUGUAAAAAGAACUGAAGCAAGUGUCUGAUUCCUGUUGAAAUGCAAUGACUUACUGACCUAACACUUCUCACAGCACUGCUUAUGUUGUUUGGUGUGAGGGUUUUUGCUUCCAAAAUACAUCUUCCCUGAACGUGAUAAAUGCUAGUGUCAAAAUUAGAGAACCUCUCGGUAGUCUUGUGGAGGAAACUGCUAUCUUUGAGCACUUUAAGGCUUUAAAAUACUUAACCAACUUGGCAGCUUGUUUGAUCGGGUCGUAACGUGUCCAAUGGAUUGGACUUUCCCUUGUACUGAUGCACUUAAUAUAAUAAUCAUUGAGCUGAUACCUGACUUCCUAGAAUAAGGACAGCCUUACUGUGUAAGUUCUGUAUUAGUAUUUCACAAUAAAAAGUAUUUUGGCGUUGGACUGCUUUUUCCACGUGUAGUUCCUGGGUGCCCAGUUACUGUGGAAAAAUCAGCAGCACAUGCUCAAUGUGUAGAGUGUCAGCUAUUAACAGUUUUUAAACGAUCUUUCAAUGUUUCUGGAUGUAAAUGUGUAAUCUGUAUUUGACUUUCACUCACCCCAUUUAUUACUGCCCUUUCCAGUCAUCAAAAGGAAAAGUCCCUUUUCCCUCUCCCUCCCCCCUCCCCACAUUUAGAAUACAAGUUGGGGUUUGGUGCAAACUAAGCUGUCUCCAGAUAACUUUAUUUGUUCUAAUCCUCACUGGGGUAGGAAAGAUUUGAAACACUAUGUUAGACUAGACAAAAGCAAAGAUGCUGUGUUAGUUCUGGAUGCAUCUUUUUAAUAUCAAUUAUUACUCUUCUCUUUAUAAGGGUCUCUAAAAUAUGUUACUCUAUUAUAAAUCUUACUUUGUGCAAUAUUGUUUGUGUAGGCUUUUAUAUACAUAUUAACACCUCAGUGUAGAGGUCACUAUUUUAAACUGAUAGAGAAAUAAUCCUCAGAAGAUACUGCAGUGAUUAGUUAGAACCUGUAUUACUCCUUAUGUGUAUGUAUGUAUUGUCUUCGGUACAAAAAUGAGGACUAGGAAAUAUUUCAAUUUAAAACUAAUUUACAGAUUGAAGUGGUAGUGACUCGUUUAGUAAUCUGUGUAAAUAAGGUGUUAGAAUGGAAAGCUUUUAUGAUGAGAAGUAAUGUGAUUCAUGCAGGGGUGUAAUUUAAUCUUAGCAGAAAUUCUAGAUGACUCAGUGCGGCUCAGAAACGAGCUGUCAGUUCUCUGGUGGGUUUUUUCCACUUUUUAUGUUGAGAGGAAUUUCAUAGCUUUAAGGGUUGUGCAAAGUAAAAUUCCUCACAGGCAAUAGUGGUUUCAGUUCAUCCUUCACAUUCAAAGAUUCCCCAGGGUGUUCUUUCCUUUUGACCAAGUCUGCGAGUCUUCCACGUGCCUGUUCUGCGCCUCUCCCGUGCUGCUCCCUGGCCCAGCCAGGGUGGCCCUUCCCUGGCAGCCAGCACUGAUCACUCAGGAACUGUCACACCUGCAGGGGCCGAGCAAGCCUGCAGAGGCAGCAUAAACAGUGAGAGCCCCCAUGCACCAACCUGUCUGUUUCUUGGGAAAAUUGGAAUGGAAUAAAGAGAGAAUACAUUUGGAAGUCCUUUGUAAAUUCUAAUAGCAUGUUUUCAAAUGGAUGAAGGAAGACUAGGGUGGUUUGUGCUACUUUCCAAGCUGUAGUUUUAGUGAAAUCAGUGACAACAGCCUGAAAUUCCUGGAAAAUGCUCUGACUUCCUCUUGCAUGGAGGUACAUGACCAAUAGCAUCAUGCUCUCUGUGCUCUGCUCAGUUACUAACUUAAAACCUAAUGUCAGAUUUAAAUGCACAUAAAUAAAGGUAUCUUUGAAUGACCUGAAUGUUGCUGAUGCUAUCCUAUUUUGAAAGACUGAGGGAGAGAGGAACAAGCUGUUUGAGAAUCUCUUACUAAAUCCAUGCUCAGCUUUGCUGUGCUUUAACUAAACUGGCAGGCUUUCAAAUUCCAUCUCAAGUCUGGAUGUAAAGUGUGAGAGGAAUUGCUUGGGAAGCUGCUCAUUCUCCAGCCAUUGCUUCAUUUGCCUGGAACAAAGCCUUGGUGGGACAAACACAAAUGUUUUCCAGCCCAAGACCUGUAGAACCCUGAUUUUUCAUGAGCUAGAGCAGUUUAGAGAGGAAGUAAUGAGUUCAGGCCACUUAGUGUUUGAGCAGAACAAACCCAGUAAAUAUUCCUGAAUAUCUCCUGUUCUGCUAUUUGAAUUUCUCCAAGAUUUCAUAAAGCGGGCUCCUUAAUGAGCUGAUCAAACUCUCGCACAUUUGAUGGCUUGUUCUAAGGCUGAGGAAGUUGGGGCUGUUCUGUGUGGACACCUCAGGGCCCCUUCCAUGCUCUGCAGGGGCUACAGGGAAGCUGGAGAGGGGCUGUUCAUCAGCAACUGAGUGACAGGACAAGAGGCAAUGGGUACAAAUCAAAAGAGGAGGAAUUUCAGAGAUAAGGAAGAAAUUUGACGGGUGGUGAAGAUCUGGUUGCCCAGGGAGGUUGUGGAUACCCUAACCCUGGAAGUUUUCAAAGCCAGGUUGAGCAGCCUGGCCCAGUGGGUGGUGUCCCAGCACAUGGCAGGGAGUUGGGAGAUUGGACUGGGUGAUUUUUAAGGUCCAUUCCAACACCUUAACGUUCUGUUAUUGUCAGUGGAAAGCAGAUACAGAACAGUUCCUAAAUUUGAAGGCUGCUGGUCAGUUCUGCAAAUCCUCAAUGCUCCAUUUAUGAGGAUCUGCUCUGUGAUGUGUGUCAGGUAGAAAAUACUCCAGCUUUGUGCUGGAGACAGCUGUCACUGCCCAAGUGCUCUGUCUGUGAAACAGAACUGAGGCUUAGACUUGACUUUAAAUCAAGUGCUGAUGACUAAAACAUCCCAGGGAUAAAGGCAAGUGGCUCAGCUGUGCUAGAAAUGGACCAGUAAAUGCAGUGUAAAGCUGAAAUACUGGCUGGCUUUGGUUUCCUCUCUCCUCUAGACAAGCUCCAGGUCGCUUGGUGCAGGUAUCUGCCACGUUCUCUUCCAGGAAGGGGGAGCACCACGACGUGUUCCCAGGGGAUUCAUAAGGGACACUUUUCACAGAGGCUCUGCUGUGCGUUCCUGCACGUUACAGUUCAGUUCCCCUGGACAAGGCAAAUUGUCAGAGCUUUCCCCAAGUUCAUAUCGGGCGUGACCGCCCCGGUUAGCGGUGUGAAUCAGCUGAGGGAUGAACUCUGCAGUUCCCGAGGAAUGUUGAGCCUGGGCAGCCUUGAGCUGGCUGAGGGGAGCGGGGGAAUCGUUUCCUCUCCCCCAGAGCCCGUUCUGUCCCUUCGUGUGGGCUCUGAGCAGUGCCCAGGGCACCCCGAGCAUUCAGACAAACACCCGCUUUCUGAUUUCUCUGUACAACAUGUAAAGAUACCGACUCCUGUAUUGCUGUUUCGUGAUUUAAUUUGAUUUGAUUGGCAGCUACGAUUAUUUUUUCUGUGGUUUUAAUUUAUCUAAGGUCUCUGCCUCCAGAGGACGUGUACAAUUGCCUGGACGACUGUUUGCUUUGUGCGGCCUUAGUGUAUUUAUUGACAUUCGCGCGUGUGCUGGGGCGGCCCCGCGCCCCCCCCGCGCUGUCGGUAGCUGACUGUACACCAGUGUCAAACUGUUAAGCUAUUUCUUUGUAAAAUAGUCCUGCGGAAUGCAUAG